CCGGCUCCCCGCGGCAGUGGGUCCUGCUGCUGCUGGGGCUGCUGCUUCCCCCCGCCGCCCCCUUCUGGCUCUUCAAUGUGCUCUUCCCCCCGCACACCACGCCCAAGGCUGAGCUCAGUAACCACACACGGCCCGUCAUCCUCGGUAAGCCCCCACCAGGCCCCUGAUACACCAGGGCAGACCUUGGGGAACCUGGGCCCCAGCCCCUGGUAGCAGAGCCUGCUGAGGCCCUUCUGCCCUUGCAUUAGCCCUGAUCCCUGCCUCAGCAUCUGGAGGGGCCAAAGGCUUGUCCUGCAGAGAAAUCAACCCCUUCUCGCACCACACUGUUCUCGUGUCUCGGAGUUGUCUCCCCGAGGUGGGUGGAGUAGAGGGUGGGUGUGCCUGAGGGCUUGGCCGGGGCAUUACAAGCUGUGGUCAGCUGUAGCCACCGGACCCUGGUCCAAGCCCCACCACUCCUUCCUCAGCCCCCACCCCGGCAAGGACAAGGUGCCCAGCCCAGUGCCUGGCUGCCUGGGGAAUCAGCUGGAAGCCAAGCUGGAUAAACCAAAUGUGGUGAACUGGAUGUGCUACCGCAAGACAGACGACUUUUUCACCAUCUGGCUGGAUCUCAAUAUGUUCCUACCCGUUGGGGUAGACUGCUGGAUCGAUAACACCAGGGUUGUCUACAACCGCAGCUCUGGGCGAGUAUCCAAUGCCCCCGGUGUACAGAUCCGUGUUCCCGGCUUUGGCAAGACCUACUCUGUUGAGUAUCUGGACAACAGCAAGUUGGCAGGUUACAUGCACACACUGGUUCAGAACCUGGUCAACAAUGGGUAUGUGCGGGAUGAGACGGUGCGGGCCGCCCCCUACGACUGGCGGCUGGAGCCCAGCCAGCAGGAGGAGUACUACCUGAAGCUUGCUGGGCUAGUGGAGGAAAUGCACGCUACCUACAGAAGGCCUGUCUUCCUCAUUGGGCACAGCCUUGGCUGCCUGCACUUGCUCUAUUUCUUACUGCGCCAGCCCCAGGCCUGGAAGGACCGCUUCAUCGAUGGUUUCAUCUCUCUUGGGGCUCCCUGGGGUGGCUCCAUCAAGCCCAUGAUAAUCUUGGCCUCAGGUGACAACCAGGGCAUCCCAAUCAUGUCCAGCAUCAAGCUGAAAGAGGAGCAGCGCAUGACAACAGCGUCCCCCUGGAUGUUUCCCUCCAGCCAGGCAUGGCCCGAGGACCACGUGUUCAUUUCCACCCCCACCUUCAACUACACAAGCCGUGACUUGCAGCGCUUCUUUACAGACCUGCACUUUGAGGAAGGCUGGUACAUGUGGUUACAGUCACGUGACCUGCUGGCAGGGCUCCCAGCACCUGGAGUGGAAGUAUACUGUCUGUAUGGCGUGGGCCUGCCCACACCCAGCACCUACAUCUUUGACCAUGGCUUCCCCUACACGGACCCUGUGGGUGUGCUCUAUGAGGACGGGGAUGACACUGUGGCCACACGCAGCACCGAGCUCUGUGCCCAGUGGCAGGGCCUCCAACAGCAGCCUGUGCACCUGCUGCCUCUGCCUGGGGUACAGCACCUCAAUAUGGUCUUCAGCAACCAGACACUGGAGCACAUCAAUGCCAUCCUGCUGGGUACCUACCGAAAUAGCACCGCCGUACCCCCAACUGCCAGCCCAAGGCCCAUGCCCCCUGAAUAAAGACCUUCCUUUGCUGCUAUAA